AUGAACGAAUGUAGAAAGGUAUAUACCGCAUCCUUCGCCUUCUUUGAGGCUUUAUAUGAGGCUGGCGUCACGCAUUGUUUCGUCAAUCUUGGCUCAGACCAUCCCAGUAUCAUCGAAGCAAUCGUCAAAGGACAGAAUGAAAAGAAUGGAAAGUUCCCACGUAUCAUCACGUGCCCUAAUGAGAUGGUGGCUCUCAGUCUGGCUGAUGGAUACGCAAGACUUACCAACAAGCCUCAAUGCGUUAUCGUUCAUGUCGAUGUAGGAACUCAAGGCCUCGGUGCUGCGGUCCAUAACGCUUCUUGCGGAAGAGCACCUGUUCUCAUCUUCGCCGGGCUAUCUCCAUACACAAUCGAGGGCGAGUAUCGCGGUUCGAGAACUGAAUAUAUCCAUUGGAUCCAGGAUGUCCCCGAUCAGAAGCAGAUCAUCGCACAGUAUUGUCGCUACACCGGAGAAAUUAAGCGUGGAGCAAACGUCAAGCAGUUGGUCAACCGAGCCUUGGCCUUCGCUACAAGUGAGCCAAAAGGUCCUGUAUAUCUGGUUGGUGCUCGAGAGGCCAUGGAAGAGGACAUCGAACCGUACAAGCUCGACCAACGCUACUGGACAGCAGUCGAGCCAAGUGCUUUGACUCCAAAACAGGUCGAGAACGUUGCUCAACUCUUGGUCGAAGCCGAAUCCCCCCUUGUCAUCACUGGCUACAGCGGACGCAAUCAUAAUGCUGUUGGAGCGCUCGUUGAGCUUGCCAAUACCGUCAAGGGACUCAAGGUGCUAGACACUGGUGGUAGCGAUAUGUGCUUCCCGGCCGAUCACCCAGCCUGGCUAGGUCUCAGAUAUGGUGUAGAGGAGAACAUCAAGACCGCAGAUGUGAUUAUAGUGCUGGAUUGCGAUGUCCCUUGGAUCCCAACUCAGUGCAAGCCCAAAGACGACGCUAAGAUCAUUCACAUUGAUGUCGAUCCUCUGAAGCAACAGAUGCCAGUGUUCUACAUCAAUGCCUUGGCCAGAUAUCGAGCAGACUCAGAGACUGCUGUGACACAGAUCACUGACCAUCUCAAAGCCAAGUUCCAGAGUGAGAUCACAAGCAGCAAGUUUGAAGAGAAGUGGACCAAACUUCAAGACUCGCACGACCAACGUUUGCAGGCGAUCUCAGACCAAGCAAAGCCUGGCGAAGAUGGCACGUAUGGAUGUUCAUAUCUGAUCCACCAGCUGCGCAAGACGUGUCCUCAAGAUACCAUCUGGGCCAUUGAGGCGGUGACGAACACUGCAUUCGUUGCGGAUCAGAUUCAGGCUACUCUCCCUGGCUCUUGGAUUAACUGCGGUGGUGGUGGACUUGGAUGGUCGGGAGGCGGCGCUUUGGGAAUCAAGCUUGCAACCGACUUUGAGAAUGGCGGAAAGGGAAAGUUCGUGGUUCAGAUUGUCGGCGAUGGCACAUACCUCUUCAGCGUGCCAGGAUCGGUUUACUGGAUCGCACAACGCUACAACAUCCCCAUUCUUACAGUCGUGCUCAACAACAAAGGUUGGAACGCACCACGCAAGUCACUUCUUUUGGUCCAUCCAGAAGGCGAAGGCAGCAAGGUUUCAAAUGAAGAACUCAACAUCUCUUUUGCGCCCACCCCUGACUACGCAGGCAUCGCAAAGGCAGCUUCGGGUGGUAAGUGUUGGGCCGGCCAUGCCGGCACUGUGGAACAACUGGCGAAACUGCUUCCAGAAGCAAUCGAGGCAGUCAAGGGCGGUGUUUGCGCUGUACUAGAUGCUCAUCUUGACGGACCGCAAGGAAAGUACGGUGGCGACAAGGCUGCCCUGGUGGGAUGA